CGCUGCUCCGGGUAGACCCGCCUUUUGCACUCGUUAAUACGUGACUGCGGUCACCGAACGAACGAAGCGCAGUAUACGAGUAUUGAGCCUCCGUAUAACAAAGCUCACGCAAAUAAGUGACUUUUGUACGUUCAUCCAUAGAAUUCGGGUCAUCAAAACGGAAUUUGCACUUUCGGGUCCCAGCCACCACCAUCUUUUCCCAGUGCCUGCAAACUACUGACAAUUUUUUUUUUACGCUCCGUCUUUACUUUUACCUCACAGUUCUGCACGGAAGGCUUCUUCCGUUGCGACAUAAGCCGGUUCUCGUCGGUGGUGAAGCAAGAUAGGGUGGUUCGUCUGCCAUCCAUACUCCUACGCGCCGAGACUUAAUUCAUCGGGGUGUCGGCGUCCAAGGCGAAGGAAGUGAGUGCGUAUGUGCAACGAUAUGUCACUAUCCUAAGGUGAAUGACAUGCAGCAAGGAUUGAUGAGAUAGUAUUGCAAGAUGGCAGUCAGGCAUGCACUAUCAGCAGUGCUGCUGCUUGUAUGCCUUCUCUGCUAUUAUAACAGUUUACAAUGCGGAUUUGUUUUCGAUGACAUCAGUGCCAUCAAGGAUAACCGUGACCUUCGGCCUCAGACUCCUCUCCGCAACAUCUUCUCCAAUGACUUCUGGGGCACUCCUAUACACAAGGAGCAGAGUCACAAGUCAUAUAGGCCACUCUGUGUUCUGACAUUUAGAUGGAACUAUGCCUUGCAUCAGUUGGAGCCCAUGGGCUACCAUCUUAUCAACAUGUUGCUACAUUGCUUAGUAACACUCAUGUACUUCAGGAUGUGUUGUAUAUUCUUACCGGAAAUAACCAGUUUUGUGUGUGGAAUGCUGUUUGCCGUCCAUCCGGUACACACAGAAGCAGUUACUGGUGUAGUGGGGAGAGCAGAAACAUUAUCAUCAGUAUUUUUUCUGGCAGCUUUCAUGUUUUAUGCAAAGGCUACAAGGAAGAAAAGAGUAACAGGUUGGCAUUCACUCCUUCUGUCAAUCUUGUCUGUUGCAACAGCAAUGCUUUGCAAAGAACAAGGAAUCACAGUAACAGGCAUUUGUGCAGUCUAUGAACUCAUUGUUGCUCAAAAGCUUCGAUUAAAUGAUUUGUACAACAUGCUUCGCUCUACUGUGAAUGGGAAGGCAACAUUCCAUGUUUCAUGGUCAUCUGUUGCUACAAAGCGACUGACUGUACUGGCAGUCACCACCAUCUGCCUGUUAAUGUUAAGACUGCAAAUUAUGGGCUCUAGGCUUCCAGUUUUUACAAGAUUUGAUAACCCUGCAUCAGUUGCACCAACUCCAGCUAGGCACCUCUCCUACAAUUACUUGAUUAGUGUGAACCUAUGGUUGCUGCUGUUCCCAUGUGAUCUUUGUUGUGACUGGACAAUGGGAACCAUACCCCUUGUUGAAUCAUUAACCGACAUACGUAACCUUGCAACAAUUGCAGCGUAUGCCAGCAUUUUUGGGUUGGUAUGUACCGCAGCUCUCACAGAAAAUCGCCAGCAAGCAACUGUUAUUACUAUGAGCCUUGCAUUUCUUAUUUUACCAUUCUUACCAGCAUCAAACUUGUUCUUUCCUGUUGGAUUUGUGGUUGCUGAGAGAAUAUUGUACAUACCGUCAAUGGGUCUGUGCAUGCUAGUUGGUUAUGGUUGGAGUUUGCUGGCAGACAAGAGAAGCAAGAAAAUAGCCUAUAUUAGCCUUGGACUGUUGCUGUUGGUGCACAGCUGCAAAACUUACAUUCGCAAUCUUGACUGGGAAUCAGAAUACACAAUCUUCAUGGCUGGCUUGCGUGUCAAUCAACGCAAUGCAAAAUUGUUCAACAAUGUUGGCCAUGCCCUAGAAGGACAGGGUCGUUUUGAUGAGGCAUUACAGUACUUCCAAAAAGCUGUAAGUGUACAAGAGGAUGAUAUUGGUGCUCAUAUUAAUGUUGGCAGAACAUAUAAUCACCUAAAAAUGUUUAAGGAAGCAGAAGAUGCUUACCUGAAGGCAAAAUCACUCCUGCCAAAAGCAAAACCUGGUGAGUCAUACCAGGCACGUAUUGCUCCAAACCACCUCAAUGUAUUUCUGAAUCUGGCAAACCUGAUUGCACGAAAUGAGACACGGCUAGAGGAAGCAGAUUUGCUUUAUCGACAAGCUAUCAGCAUGCGUGCCGAUUACACACAGGCUUACAUCAACAGAGGAGACAUAUUGCUGAAGCUUAAUCGCACGAAAGAAGCACAAGAAGUGUAUGAACGAGCAUUGUUCUAUGACAGCAACAACCCUGAUAUUUACUAUAAUCUUGGUGUUGUGUUCUUGGAACAAGGGAAAGCAUCUCAGGCACUUGCAUACCUAGAUAAAGCACUUGAAUUUGACCCAGAACAUGAGCAGGCACUACUAAAUUCUGCUAUUUUGCUGCAAGAGUUGGGACGUGCUGAGCUCCGCAAAGUGGCUCGAGAAAGACUUCUUAAACUUCUCCGCAAGGAUGCAAAUAACGAAAGAGUGCACUUCAAUCUGGGCAUGUUGGCAAUGGAUGACCGGGAUAUUGCUGGAGCAGAGCACUGGUUCAGACAAGCAGUCCAGUUAAAAGAUGACUUCCGAAGUGCCCUCUUUAAUCUCGCACUUCUCCUUGCUGAUGAUCAUCGUCCACUGGAGGCAGCACCUUUUCUAAAUCAACUUGUAAAAUUUCAUCCAGAUCAUAUCAAAGGACUCAUCCUGUUGGGAGACAUUUAUAUUAACAACAUAAAAGAUCUGGAUGCUGCAGAAGCUUGUUACAAAAGAAUUCUGCAACUAGACCCAGAAAAUGUUCAAGGGCUACACAAUCUUUGUGUUGUGUAUGUCGAGCGUGGUAAUCUCCUGAAGGCAGAAACAUGCCUGCUUCGUGCCCAUCGACUUGCACCUGAAGAGGAUUAUGUUUUACGCCAUCUUGGUAUUGUACAGUCACGUAUUAAUAAGCUACAACUCCGGCAAGAUCCAGAUGCACUGGCAGCAGCAGCAGCCAGUGAUGAUGGCUUUUCAUUUGAAGAUCCAGUAUCUACAGAAGGCAGGUUGCCCAUUGAAAACAGAAGCAUUGACUCAGCAUCAGCAGAAGGCAGUGAGACAAAAUUAGCAGAUAAUGCUGCAAGUCAAGGGGUACACGAGACAGGACAGAAGAAUGUACCUCAUGGAAGGAAUAGUAUUCCGGAGUCCUUCAGCCCAGCAUUCGUCGAGUACCCCAAGAAAGAUACACGUAGGAAGACAGUAAUGAGCCGUAACACAGAAAUGAAUAGGUUGUCAUCAUCUUAGCACAUAGGAAUGAUCCUUAGUUAUUGCAGACACAAAAAUAAUACUGUAUAGAUUUUUGUUUCUAAGUGAAGGACUAUUUUUGUGCAUCUAACAAUGUAAGACUGGAAGGGUGGUGUUGGCACAUCCAGUAGUAGCAUCAAAUGAUUUUAUUUCAGUUCAGACAGAGUAUGUAUGUCCACAUAUUUUGUCAUCUAUCCAAUAGUCACAUCCUUCUGCCUGUCCCUGUCCCUUUAUUUAUAUCUGCAUCCAUUAACCUCUUUUUUUCUUGGAUUGAUGGAUGGAUGACAGUAGAGAAAUUGGCAAAGCAUUCUAUCAAACCAAAUUGUCAUGUUCCACAAUGAAUUUUUAACAUCCAAUAAACAGUAAGUAUAGUUCGCUCAGGAUAUAGCUGUGACAUGCAGUGAGCAGUUUUCGUCAAGAGUACGGGGCGAGUUCAUUCAUUUGUUCAGAAGUGGAGUGUACACCUGCUUUUGCCCAGUCACCAACAUGCUGUGAAGAUAGAAUCAAGGCACAUGCCGUACAGUAUUUCUCAAACAAUUUUACAGAAACUAUUUGGUAAAAAAAAAAUUGUUAUUGCAUUACUUGUAGGUUUUUAUGUCAGCUUCAUGAUGAUGUUGCACCAUUUCAUUAAUGGUCAUAGUUACUGUUAUAUUUCCAUUUAAAUAAGACACUGAACAAAAUUCAAAAAAUGAAAAACAGGGGUCGCUACGAUUUUGUGUUUCGUACAUAUUACAUAAUAUGUUGCUAUGUAUGAAAUUCAGCUAAGAUAUUGAAUUUUUCAGUAGACUUGGCUGAAGGUCCCUGUCAUCAAUCUCAAGAAAACUGAUCUGAUGUAGCACAUUGAUUUGCAGUCGUAUGUGUCAGCAAUAAAGCCAUAAAGAAAUAGCCACAACAUUCUUUGUAUUUCAUAAAUUGUGUGAGAUAUCGAAAAGACAUUUGGAAUAUGAUAGCAAGCAAAGAGGAGAGUAUUUUGCCACAUGGUUAUUACGCAAAACUCUAUUAUCUACCAUGUUAUUCCAUUAACUACAGACCUUUCUAGGGAAAAAAUGUAAUUUUUAAGGGUAGUCAAUAGCUGGUGUUACAAAAAAGUUGCUGGGUUUGGAACGACAUAACAGAAGACAUGGCACAAAUUAUUUUUAUACCGAGUAUAUGUUUUUUCAUAAGCUAUUAACCUUAGUUUUCCUCAUUUCCUAACUUAAUAAACCAUGUUUUCAGAAUUCUCUUGCAGUUACAUCUGCACAAGACGUUAGUGAGGUGAUAUUAUGUAAACUCCACUGCGUUUUGGGGAAAAAAGCAAAUUUUAAUAUGGUAACAAGAGAAAUGUAGGUUUUACAGCAAAUUUGCCAUUCAUGAUGCUUCUCUGAAAAUUACACAUGGUAAAAAAGCCAGGCAAAAAUAAAUCAAGGCUUUUGUUGCAUUAUCAGUGGAAUUCUUUCUAGAUACCAACCAAAUCAGGGGUGACAGUAGAUAUUUUUGAAUUGUCAUCAUGCAAGUGUGGGCAUGGAGGGACUCCACUUAAUAUUUACAGAAAAUGUGAGUACAGCUUUCAGUUUAGAACAGUACUUCCCCUCCAGUGCUCAGCUUUUCCCAUACAUCACCUGCCCGCAACCCCUACCACUACCAGUCUCCCCAUGCUUGUCCUGCCUGUUGUGCUUCUACCAGCCACAUUAUUCUCCAUGGAUUCUAAUGAAGAGUUUCAUGGCUUAUUUCUAAUUGGGGUACUGUGAAAGCAUUUUUAUCCUGUGUAGCUUCUUUUAGUGAGGGCUCACAUUUUAUUGAAAAUUACUUCUUGUUAAAGUUUCAUUCCAUGUUUUUGGGGGAUAUUUCUGUAUUGUUUUAGUGGAACUCAAUCAGAAACAGAGAAUUCAUAGAUGGAAGCCCACCAAUUGAUGAAAAACUGUCUGCUCAUCUGAUAGGUUGUUAUGUACAUCAUUAUCAGUUGUGGGAUGUUAUACGUGAUUCCUAUGCUAGUUUGUAUUGACUGAAAAGAAAUUCAAUCUUACAGCAGAAUAUCAUAUCAUGCUAGAUCAACUAAAGGGCCUAGGAUGAAGCAUCUGAUUGUAAUAAGAACUAUUUAAAUACUUCUGUCUUUCUUAUAUCAAUUUUAGAAGAGGAUAUUUGCAUUUUAUACAAAAAAAAACAACAAACAAUAUAAACAUUACCUUAUUAAAAUUUGUACAUAAU